UCCCGCCCGUCUACAGCCGCUCCGCUCCCUCCAAGAACGUCUCCGCAGAAUGGUGUCCCGGUCUCAGACACGUGUUGCUCAGCGACUCCUCCAGGAGCUGCCCGAUAUCUGACUUUCCCCUCUAAACUCCGCAAGUAAUUCGAACCCCGACCGAGAGGCAAGGCGGUAGGUGCCGGCGCGCCGCGGCCCCGGGUGCGAACGAAUCCGAAACCGGGUCACAACUCACCCGCCUCGACUGGGCUGGGCGGGGUCUGGAGGACGUCGUGAGGACUGCGGCCCGGGACUCGGGAACCUGGGGAAGCACUCCGUCGGCUGCUGCCAUGCCGGCGGAAAAGCGACUCGAGACCUCGCGAACCAGGACCGCCACUCCGCUCCGACCCACGCAGCGCCUUGGCCACCUGGCAGGGCUGGGUCGCCUAGCAACGGCGGGGUCCUUCCUGGCUCGGCGGCGCUUCGGGCCUGAGGGGAGAAAACCGCAGCUAAGGACGUUGGGGGCAGGCGGCCGCGUUGCGGGAGGCGGCAACGGGACGGUGACGCGCGGUUGGUGCGCCCGGGGUCCGGCUUCUGCAUCCGAGGAGAGAUGAAUACGGCCAAGGCCCGGGUGGGGCCCGCGGCCGACCGGCCUGCGCCACCCGAGGAGAAGGAGGGCGAGGCGGGCGGGAAGGAGCCGGGGGCGGACGCGGCCCCCGGGCCCAGCGCCGCGUUCCGCCUCCUAGUGACUCGGCGAGAACCGGCGGUGAGGCUGCAGUAUGCGGUGAGCGGCCUGGAGCCGCUGGCGUGGUCCGAGGACCAUCGCGUGUCUGUGUCCACGGCCCGCAGCAUCGCUGUGCUGGAGCUCAUCUGCGACGUGCACAACCCGGGCCAGGACCUGGUUAUCCACCGCACCUCGGUGUCUGCGCCUCUCAACAGCUGCUUCCUCAAAGUUGGCUCAAAAACGGAAGUUGCUGAGUGUAAGGAGAAAUUUGCCGCCUCUGAAGACCCCACAGUCAGUCAGACUUUCAUGUUGGACAGGGUGUUCAACCCUGAGGGGAAGGCUUUGCCACCACUGAGAGGAUUCAAGUACACUAGCUGGUCCCCCAUGGGCUGCGAUGCUAAUGGCAGGUGCCUCCUGGCAGCGCUGACCAUGGACAAUCGCCUGACCAUCCAGGCUAACCUCAACAGACUGCAGUGGGUCCAGCUGGUCGACCUGACGGAGAUUUAUGGGGAACGUCUUUAUGAGACCAGUUACAGGUUCUCUAAAAGUGAGGCCCCGGAAGGGAAUCUCAGGGAUUUUGCUGAGUUUCAGAGAAGACACAGCAUGCAGACACCAGUCAGGAUGGAGUGGUCAGGCAUCUGUACCACUCAGCAGGUCAAGCAUAACAACGAGUGCCGCGACGUGGGCAGCGUGCUCCUGGCCGUCCUCUUUGAAAACGGCAACAUUGCUGUGUGGCAGUUUCAGCUACCGUUUGUAGGAAAGGAAUCCAUCUCUUCGUGCAACACAAUUGAGUCAGGAAUCAACUCUCCUAGUGUUUUGUUUUGGUGGGAAUAUGAGCACAAUAAUCGGAAAAUGAGCGGCCUUAUCGUGGGGAGUGCUUUUGGACCUGUAAAAAUUCUUCCUGUCAAUCUCAAAGCAGUUAAAGGCUAUUUCACGUUAAGGCAGCCUGUCGUCUUGUGGAAAGAAAUGGACCAGUUGCCAGUACACAGCAUCAAGUGUGUACCGCUGUAUCACCCUUACCAGAAGUGUAGUUGUAGCUUAGUGGUGGCCGCAAGAGGACCCUAUGUGUUUUGGUGUCUUCUUCUGAUCUCCAAAGCAGGUCUGAAUGUUCACAAUUCUCACGUCACAGGCCUGCACUCACUGCCGAUUGUCUCCAUGACUGCAGACAAGCAGAAUGGGACGGUAUAUACUUGUUCCAGUGAUGGGAAGGUGAGGCAGCUGGUUCCCAUUUUCACAGAUGUUGCAUUGAAGUUUGAACACCAUUUGAUUAAACUGUCGGAUGUGUUUGGCUCAGUGAGGACACACGGGAUAGCUGUGAGCCCCUGUGGUGCGUACCUGGCCGUCAUUACCACUGAGGGCAUGGUCAACGGCCUCCAUCCCGUUAACAAAAACUACCAGGUUCAGUUCGUUACUCUCAAAGCCUUUGAAGAGGCAGCUGCUAAGCUUCUGCAAUCUUCAAUUCAAAAUCUCUUUAAGCAGGUAGAUUUAAUAGACCUAGUACGUUGGAAGAUUUUAAAAGAUAAACGUAUCCCUCAAUUUUUACAAGAAGCUUUGGAAAAAAAGAUUGAAAGCAGUGGGGCCACCUAUUAUUGGCGUUUCAAACUCUUCCUCCUGAGGAUUUUAUACCAGUCAAUGCAGAAAACCGCUUCAGAAGCCUUAUGCAGACCCAUCCUUGAGGACUCAAAAAUCUUACUAGUUGACUCACCUGGGACGGGCAACGCUGAGGGCGAGCAGCAGGAAGAAGGCGCUGCCUCCGAACAGACGAAUAAGCAAGGCCUUCAGGAGAGGAGCAAAGGAGGUGAUCCAGAGGGCCCCACAGAUGACUCGGUCACUCAGCCUGGAGACACUGGAGGCCGAGAGCCAAUGGAAGAGAAACUCCUUGAAAUCCAAGGGAAAAUUGAAGCUGUGGAAAUGCACUUGACCCGGGAGCACAUGAAGCGAGUCUUAGGCGAAGUAUACCUGCACACCUGGAUCACAGAAAACACUAGCAUCCCCACCCGGGGACUCUGUAACUUUUUAAUGUCUGAUGAAGAGUAUGAUGACAGAACCGCACGGGUGCUGAUCGGACACAUCUCAAAGAAGAUGAACAAGCAGACUUUCCCUGAGCACUGUAGUUUGUGUAAAGAGAUUUUGCCAUUCACAGAUCGCAAACAGGCAGUCUGUUCCAAUGGCCACAUUUGGCUCCGGUGCUUUUUAACCUACCAGUCCUGCCAGAGUUUGAUAUACAGAAGGUGUUUGCUCCAUGACAGCAUUGCCCGCCAUCCAGCCCCAGAAGAUCCUGACUGGAUUAAGAGGUUACUGCAAAGCCCCUGCCCUUUCUGUGAUUCUCCUGUCUUCUGAAUGUCCAGGAUGGGAAGAUGGAAAGGGCAUGUACUCUGCUGUGGAAAGUGCCGUCCAGCCCCAAGAGCUAGGACGCGCAAGAGGAGAGGCACCCUUCAUGACUGUACAUAGGGCGUGGGGACUCACUGCUGAAGUGUGUUCUCUGUCUCCAGGGACUAAAGGUUGUCUUUAAAGUGACUGAGUGCAGAGAUUUUAAGUCCUUUUGAGAUGAACAUUAUCCCCCAACUCCUUGCCAAUGAGGAACUUAUUUUUCAAGUGUCUUGACUGAAGCAGUUUGAACAAAACGCAUGCCCUGUCAUUCCUCAGAACAGAAUGGUCCCUUCUAGGGAGUAUGGAUAAGGGCCUUGCUGGGCCGAGUUAGGCUUUCUAAUCCUGGCCUUGGUCUGGAACUGUCUUGUGGCUCCAGGGAGCUGUAGUUACCUGGUACGUGGUAUGCAGUGUCCCAACAGAUAUUAAAGUGUCUGAAACAACCUGUGGGCCUGAUAUUUGGUUCUCAGCAAACAGCUGCAGAUCUGCAUCCUGCCAGUUGUUUUUCAUGCAUAUUGAAAACAUUUUCGUAAAACUAUAUAUUUUAAAGAGGUUGAAGCCAAGACUAAAGUUGGUUUUAAUGUGUCAAAAGAUCAGGUGACUCUUGUAAGUUAAUAAUUGUGACUUAUUUUUAAUGAUCUCUCCCAUGUCAUCAGUUUCCUGCUCUGAAUCCUUCACAGGUAUAAGGAUGUCAAGUAUUCCUGUUCACCUGCAUCACAACCCUCUUCAGACUUACCUGUGACAACUUGGUGAGAUAUUUGUACACAGAGGAAAAGUAAUAUUUUCUCCUUUUUUAUUAAAACAUUUAAUAUUUUUAA